AGGGAGUUCAUCACCUCUCCCAUCUGCUGGCUGCCACUGCGGAGCAUGCGCCUUGCGGCUCUCCAUCAUUUCCAAUAUCCCAGUGUAGAAGCAGCAGCAGAGGCAGAGAACUAAUGAGACCAUGGGAAUAAUACUACACACCUGCCUGUGGGAACCAACAUGUUGAAGGAGCUUUACUUGUUCCACUGAGCUAAUUUGCAUAAAGGACAGUGCCCACCGCCUUCUGACCAGCAUCUAUCAGUGUCCAAUGGCUCUGAAGGAUAAGAUGCAGUAAUGGAACUCCGUGUGCUCUUCAGCACUGUAGAUAUGAAGCACCUAAAAGGGUAGGGUCUCCCGUGAGCUUGCCUCACCCUACCCGACCACCCACUAUUUUAGCGGCUCCAAUUGAGUGCAGAUUCCCACGUGAGAGAACAGUCCUGGCCUUCAUUCUCCCACUUCAAUCACGGCAUUGAAAGACAAACAUGGCGUGCAUCCGAGAGACACUGGUUGAUGCUUGAUAAACAUACCUCUGAGGUGUUGAGCAUUAAACCAGUGGAGCGAUGAAUGGAGGAAAGGACUGUGAAGCAGGGGAUGAAAGACAGGUUGUCCCUGUCCAGGUCCCCAUCGGCUGGCAACGCAAGGGGGAACACAGUGGAGGGGUCAUAUACAUAAGUCCUAGUGGUUCAGUGCUGUCCAGUUUGGAGCAGGUAAAGACCUACCUUCUUACAGAUGGAACCUGCAAAUGUGGUCUGGAGUGCCCACUUAUCCUCCACAAGGUCUUUAACUUCGACCCUGGUGCAGCUGUGAAACAGAGAACAGCAGAGGAUGUGAAAGCAGAUGAAGAUGUGACCAAACUCUGUAUUCACAAGAGAAAGCUUCUGGCUGUGGCUACGUUACACAAGAGCAUGGAGACUCAUCCACCUCUCGCGAGUACUGGGGGAGGUACAUCAACAGUGGUGGCAACAGCACAUCCUUCAACACAGCGUUCAAUAAGGACUAAACCCCCAGAUGGCACAGUAACCGCUGGCUCCGACUGUAAGAAUCCAUUCAAGAUAAUGAUAGGAGCUGGACAACAGCACCCAUCACGGAUGUAUCCAUCGCCAGAUAUAAGCGGAGCCCAUCAACCAGAUCACUAUCACGGGUAUUCAAGACCACAACGGCCAGUAGGUGGUGAGCCAGGCCCAAAAUCUCCUUAUCGGGCAGGCUACGGUGGUAUGUUAAGCCCUCCUCCCCCACCAUCUCCCAGUGGCGACACGUUGGGCAGCCCAGAUGGCUUUACAAGGACCAAUACGUGUGGGUUCCCAGGAGCUGGAAGUCCUGGUUCAGCCUCGAUUCAUGGGAAUUUAAGGACACCUCUUUCUCCCCCUAGCAUGAUGCUUCAUGGCUCUCCUCUUGGCCAGUCAUCAUGUGCCAUGACAGGAAGGACUAGUACACCCCUCUCCCCUACGGCCACUGCCAAAAGCCCUGUCAUGAACCUGUCACGUGUGAACUUUCCCCCAGGUCUGGAUAUGCCCCGGACAUCAUUUCACCAUAAAACACCAUCUGCAGUUCAUCCUGUACCACCCCCGCCACCGACACAAAACCCCUGUGCACUACAAAAAAGGCAGUUGACAUCGGAAAAAGAUCCAUUAGGCAUUUUAGACCCCAUUCCCAGCAAGCCUGUUAGCCAGGCACAAAACAAUGGCCCAAACUCCAAUUUCCAGCCGAACAUCCACUCUCAGGUACCAAUGAUGAAUGUAAACAUACCCCCACCUGCCAUUGUUCCUUUGCCAAGUAAUUUACCUUUACCCACUGUAAAACCCGGUCCUGUCGGUCAUGGAGGCCAUGUUCAAAGGACCCAACAAGGUGGGCCAGUGUCUUCUAUGUCUCCUUCUCCCGUCACAUCUCCUGUUCACAUGGCAGGGCCCACUAUUGGUAGGAUGGAGGCUUCACCUCAUCGUUCGCGUUCCUCCUCAACCUCCUCCGAUCAUGGGAACUUUGCCAUGCCCUCUGGACAUCAAGCCCAGUGUAGCAACAUUAAAGUACCUCCACGGUCCCCGAGGUCAACAAUGGGUUCACCCAGGCCAGCAAUGCCCUCCAGCCCCUCCACAAACAAAACAGACCCUCUUCAACAGUACAAAGACUCACAACUUCUGUCUGGGAUAGGAAACUCAAUUGGCAACCAGCAGCACAGCAAUCCUAUGUACUCACCAACCUCUGCCUCUUCCACAUUAGCCACCCCCAGCGCUUCCCAAAAGGGUCACCCAGGUCUCCUGGGGAUGCCUCUCAACCAGAUCCUUAACCAACAAAAUGCUGCUUCCUUCCCCGCUAGCAGUCUCCUGUCAGCGGCAGCCAAAGCACAGCUAGCAAAUCAAAACAAACUUGGUGCUGCUAGUAAUGGCCCUGUCGGGUUGUCUAGCAGUGGUGUUGGUAUCGCAGGUGGUGGUGGUGGAGUCAAUGCAGUGGGUGGUUGUCAUCCUAGUACUAUGAGUGGCUCUCGAAACCUGGAGGGACACAGCACUUUAAACCCAAUGCUCCCACCAAACUCCAACUUAUUACUCAACACUCCUGAAGGGCAAAGUGGUCGUGCAGCUCUGAGAGACAAGUUGAUGGCCCAGCAGAGGGACCCCAUGCGAAAACGCAAGCAUUCAUCGGGCAGUGCAUCAGUUAGUAACGAAAUCAGCAACAAUAUGGUUUUUAACAUGCUUAAUAAAUCAAGCAUGGGAGGACAAGCCGUGCACGGUCCGAGUGCCACUGAGCAGUUACGAAAAGUAGGUCGUUUGGGGAACCUUCCUCCAAACGCGUCCAUGGCCCAGCUACUCCAGUCUAUGAGCUGUCAGAGCUCUCAUAAUAUCACAGGGAACAGCCAUCGCCCAGGCCUCAGCCCAGGCUCGGGGCAUGGUCCUCAAGGCCCUGUUCAGCAACACUACACAGAAAACACUUCAGUUGUCCCUGGUGUUGCACAACAAAAUCUUCUUGCCCAGCAGAGGCUCCGCGCACCUGUCGACACUUUACAACACUGCCAGAACAUGGACACCUCUGGAGGCCACCAAGGCUCUCGUCCUGGCGUAUUCUCAGAUAUGAGGGGCCAGAUGCAGGCAUCUGCCAUGGGUAACUGUGGGCCUGUAGGCCCUGGGGGUGGAUCAAUAGGUCCCGAUGGCUUGCCUCAUGGACGCCAUAACACUAAUCCUCCACAUUUGUCCCAUUCCGGACCGCAUCCCUCACAGCAAACCCUGCAUCAUGGUGUAACUCGGACAAAUAUGGUGGUCAUGACUCAUGGACCUGGAGAUGGUGGUGCCACCCAAACCAUGUCUGACACAGGAAAUCCUUCAUCACAUGGCAACAACCUGGGCAGUGUGCAGACUCACGCCAAUGCAGCUGGAGGUCAGAUGUACCAGCAGCAGAUCGUCCAGGGCAUGCAGCAGGGAGUGGCCUUCCACCCAAGCUACCAGAGCCAACAGCACUUCUCAGACAACCCCCAGUAUACAGACAGCAGCAACAACAGCAACUCCGCCUCGAUGGCGUGCCUUUAUCAGAACUACCAGCAGGGGAUGAUGCCACAUUCUCAGUAUGGGGAGGGGCAUCAGCUGCAGAACGACGGCUUACGAGCGGGCACACCUGGCUCUGACCGAGGACCCAGCAGAGGCCCGGAGUCUGUGGAUGCCAUCUAUAGAGCGGUGGUGGAUGCAGCGAGCAAAGGAAUGCAUGUCACCAUCACGACCACAGUUAGUGGAACCACACAGGCCAGCCCAGUGCCUGCACUGAGCGCCAUGAGUGCCUUCACCGCCUCUAUAGGGGAACCGGUUAAUCUCCCCCAAACAGUCAGCGCUGUUUUGCAUGGGCACCAAGAUGUGGAGGCGUUACCCCAACAGGCCAGAGCACGGCAGACAAGGCCAGGAGGCGGUCAGAAGAACAUGGAUCCAGGGAAGAGCACUCCAGAUAGCCUAGAGGUCAACGACUACUUCCGUUCUCCAAGCAGGGGCACGCCCAGGGGUCAGUGGGAUGCAGAGACGAAUUGCACCGGAGCCUUCGACUCUCAGAGCAAUAGCAAUGCCUGGGUUGGCGAAGAGAUUCUGGAGUGUUCCACUCAAGUAAGAAGUAGUCCUUGCAUGGAGAGAGCUGCUAACUUGGCUCCUGCCCCACCUUGUCCAGCUGAUGCUUCCAAUGACCAUAAUCUUACCAUGGCUCAUGGAAAACCUUUCCUGGAGGACAACUAUCGCUUCAACAACUGCAGUCGGACUCCAGCAAACUACAAAGAGCGCCUGGAGCAGACUGUGGAGCGCUGUGCACACAUCAAUGGCAACGCUCAACAUUUUAACUCCCGGGGUUAUGGCGAGGUGCUGGGACCCUCACGGCAGGAGCUGACGGGUGACGACCAGUCACCGAGUUCCUCCACUAGCCUAGAGGGACCCCUGGCUACUGCUAAAGAAUACAGCCACUACAAUGGCCACUUCAACGGCAUGGCUCCCAGCCCUUCAGACACAAAGAGUCUAAGCAGUGAGGAAGACCUUCGGCAUCCAGACUCUCCCUCCUCAGAGCUACUUCACUACAGGACAAGGACCUUCAAUAUGGGGGAGCUGGUCUGGGGCCAGCUAAAGGGCUUUCCACCUUGGCCUGCCAAGCUGGCUGGGGAUGAGCAAGUGUCAGCUGCGGCGAUGCAGCUGCGAGAACAGGCUAAGGUGGAGCCUGAAAAGUUAAAAACACUAACUCAUGAUUUGGAGGCACUGGACCGUGCCGCUAAAAGAGGCCUGAAGCCAGGGAAACUGAAUAAUCACUUGGAAGCUGCUAUCCACGAGGCCAUGAGUGAACUCGACAAGAUGUCGGGAACGAUCCCAUCCAGAGACCGCCAGGUGAAGCUUCCCAAACCUAAACGGAGAAAGAUAUCCAGAUAACAAUGAAUGUGUCGGCCCUCAAAGCCUUCAGAGACUUGGCCCGCGCCGCCUUUGUUGCGAUCUGAGCUCUCUUACAGGUGCUACACUCGGACUUGUAGUGGUACAUUCUUGUUCCAUGAUAUCAACUUGACUUAAUGACUGAAGGUGCUGGAGACUCCAAUCACCGAUGCAGUUGUAACUGUAGAGCUAUAACAAAAAAAAACAAAAAAAAUAGGGAAAAAAAAACUCCUCAUGGUUGCAAUUUGUCUACAGCUCACUGAAUUAACUAUUUUUUUCUAAUCUACAAUAGUAAAACAAAAGCUUAUGAGCGUUACCUUACAUAUUUAAGAAAAAUAGACAGUCCAAAUAUUUCUGAUACAUUUUCAAUAUGUAUAUAGAUAAUCCUGAAAUUUCAUGCUAUUAAGAAUUGUAUGUAAAUAUUGUAAACUGUCAUGUACAAGCGUACUUAAUGCACAUUUUAUCUUUUAUUGUACAAAAACAACACAGAAGAAGUGUACCAAUGUCUUGAUUUUUAUUCAGAAGUGCGGUUGCGUACGACCGCAUGCAUAGGAUAAAUAAGAAAUACAGCCUAAAGCUUUUAUAUGACGAAUUGUAAGACGUGCUGUUUUUUUAUCAUUAUAAUUUUAUUAUUUUUCUAAGGGAACAGUGAGCGGGCAUGACUUUAUAAGUUCUCCCUUCGCACCAUUGUUCAUUAUUGUAUUGGAAGAACAGAAUGAACUUUACCAGCAGAGUAUUUAGGAAGUAAUCUGCGCCGUGCAUCAACUGUGCAAUCCGUGGGUUGUUUUGUUGUUUUUCACUUUUCAAUUUGUGUGGAAAAACGUUUGGAAAAAUGAUAACCUGCUAUUAUUGAAUGUAAAUUUCACCUUAAAAACAGCAGCGUUUGUGUCAAACUUGCAUUUCCGUCGCUUGAAACUAACAAGUUAAGAAUGCUAAUUUCAAUUUGAUCUUGAGCAGGUGGAGCAAGCGUAAAUAUUGCAUAAAUUAUAUUGGAUCAGUGUUAAAAAAAAGGGCGUGAAUCUCCCCCAAGCAGAUUGGAAUGCAAUUUGUCACAAGUGUCAAAAGGGCAGAGAUUUUCUUCAAACAUCUCAGGUGCCAUUUGCUUGUUCUGAAUAUGUUCUUGCUUGUUCUGUGUUUCAUGUUUGUCACAAAUCAAGUUUUACACAACACUAAGUUCAGGCAGGUGAAACAUGUAUCACGUUUAGGGGCCUUUAUGUAUCUUUUAUUUCUCUUAUGUAAAUUAUUGAUGUACAGUUCUCCAUAUUUAUUUUAUGCUUUACAAAUACAGUAGAUGGCAAUAAUACUACCAAGAGUUAAGAACUCUAGCCUUAUGUGUACAUGUUUUUAUUUUUUUGGUUAACAGUACUCCAUAUCAAAGUUGGUUAUUUAUAAACUUUGGUUACAGAUUUCAAGGAAACAUUAGUCCACGCUAUUUAUGAGCAAAAAAUGCAGUUUGAACACUUCAUACAUUGCUACAUCUGAAAUGGUGCAAAGUUUCAAGACAUCCUCGUGUGUGUCUGACGUCAGGAUGAAAACACACACAGCCGCUCCUCCUGAUACAACCUGAAAUCAUUUCAAGUGCAAUAUGGCGAUCGGCGGCUUCAGAAACGGCAAUUCAUCAUAAAAACAGUCUCACAAAGAUCCAUGAAGUAGUAAUUUAUUUGUAGUGAUCACAUUCACUCUCCUGGACGCUCAUUGUUGUGCCGCUGUAGCUACACUACUUUUAUUAAGGAUAUGUAAACGCUCUGAAAAUACUCAUGUGCACACAUUUAAAAAAUCUCGUACUGUAUUUUGCUUAUUUCAUUAUUUAAAUAUUCCAGUCAUGUGCAUGAUCAAAGGAGACAUUUUGUUUCUUGUUUUGGCGACACAAACCCCAGCAGUUGGCGAGAUGUCAGUGUGUUUCUUUGAUCAAUAUUUAUUUGCAGACAUCUUAGUACUUUCAAAAUUAACAUCCGUGUUAAAGGAGUGAUCAACUGUCUUCCAUUUCCAGUGUUCCACAAACCUCAGUGUUUUACUGUAAACUGGUCAGGAUUCUUCCUGCCGAGUCAAAUGUGUGAGGAACACACACAAGCUCUUUUGGUAAAGUUCAUUCUGCCUGUGUUGUUUUGGUUUAUUUGUGCAAUGACACGCAGGAAGCCGACUUUGUGAUUGGCAUCUGUGUGUGACGGAUUCAUAUCUUUAAUGGUCAAGAGUUCAAAAGUUUGUGUUUGACAUGUGCAGUUUUUAUUUUUUUUAUCGUUGUGUGUUGAGGUGAGGCAGUUUUUCCCUCUUUUUGUUUGUCAGUAUUUUUUUUAACUUGUAACUGAGUAUAUAUUUUCUCACUAAUAUAUACUUUUAUUUUUAAAUAGACUUGCGUGAUGUAUGAUGUGCACUUGAUUGUUUUGUUUUUCUUUUUGGAAUUAAUGUGGGAUAGAAAUAGUGUGUCAGAGUCCCUUACUUUAAGAUUGUUUGGGCUUUUUUUUAUUAUUGGUUUAAUGUACACAGCAUCUUUUUGUAAAUAUUAUGAGACAUUACAGGUCAUGCAGUGAUGUAACAUUUUGAAAAAUGUUGCACAGAUGUUUUAAGAUAUUAAAAAUCCAGUCACUCUUACUUGAA